AUGACGCUCAAGACUACAUUCCGCGGUGGUUACUCAUCUGGACCGCAGACACGUGUCUUCAGUCAAGGAGGACAGGUUGACUGUGGGGAGUUCCGAGACCCCAAAGUCUACUGUACUCGGGAAUCCAGCCCCCACUGUGGCUCUGAUGGUCAGACGUAUGGCAACAAAUGUGCCUUCUGUAAGGCAGUGGCGAAAAGUGGUGGGAAAAUUAACCUAAAGCAUUUGGGGAAAUGCUGA